CAGGUCUACUCUGGACAGAAGCGGUGAGGUAGAGAAGUAUCGCGCAGGCCAACUACAAGCUGAGAGAUUGCUAGAUGCCCGAGAAACAGUCCCACAGACAGCAAGUACAGAGGCUUGAGAGUCAGGUCCAGUUGUUGCGAGACCAGCUGAGUCAGGAGGUGAAACGGCGGCAGAUGUACGUGUUGCGGAGCUCGCGCAUGGACCGUGAGGCGUCGCAGCUGCGCCAGGUGCUGGGAGACUCCCUAUCCCGGGUCAGUCAGGACCCGUCGCUGGACGCCGGGGUGCUGGAGCAGGAGGCACGCAAACUGGACACGUCCCUGGUGCCCCUGGCCCUACCUGCCCCUCGUCCCCCACACCCCCCACAACUAGCUACGGAUCUGCAUGUUCCUGGAAGUGGUCCUGCACAAGGGAUAGAUCUCAGCUCCCUUGACACAAUCCUUUCCCGUGGUACUUCACCAAUGGAAGUCAGAUGAAUUUACGGCUGCAAGGCUUCAUGAAUAGAGUACCGCACUUUGGAGAGCGAUCAACGAUAGUAACUCAAGUAACAUCUCAUAAAUAUAUGUUCUGUCUCGUUUUCCUUAGCAAAUAUGUGUCCGUUUGAAUUUAUGUGGGUACUGAUAAAAGAAAAACUGUAUAUUUAUUUUGAGGUAAAUUUUCCUGUGAUUAUAUAAAAACAUCAUCAGAUAUCAAUAAAAGAAACUUGUAGCUAGAAUGAAUUUUUAAUUAAAAUAGCUAAAAAAGACGAGAAAUAACAUAUAUUUGUAGACUGUUAGGAUAGUUUAAUAUUAUGAUGCACUGUAUGAAGUAUGGUUCUUCUUACUGAACACUGUAUAGCUACUGUAAUGAAGCCCAACAUGGAAUCGACCACAGAAAGCAUUUCUUCUGCAUCCACUUGAAUGUGGAGCAAACGUUAUGGAGUUUAUCAGCUAGAAAUUGUGGAGAGAGUGUUUUCAAGGGAAAACAACCCUUUUUAAUUAAGCCACUGUUGUUUUUGAACCUGUGUUGCAUUUUUCACGUAUGACGUAUAAAACGAAAUAGAAUAUAUUUCAGUCUUGAAUUUAUAGUCUAAAAAAAUGGCAAAGAAAAAUGUCCUGACUGUUACUUGAAGUUUAACUUUCCAAUUUCAGAAAAUAUAGAGAAUGGUGUAUGCUUUUCAGUUUUUGUUUAAGAACAAAGUGACUUAUAUUUAGUUAUAUUUAGCCUAUCGUUUUUAGUUACCGAGAAUUUCUUCCAGGAAACCCCUUUCAUUUUAUAGUGUAAAUUUAAUUUGUUAUGAAAAAUAUUACCUACUUAGUUAAAGUAUUUUUCUUAUGGACUUUCAUUCUUAAUAUAAUAGAAUUUCACCAGGUCAACAAAUUUCGAUUUCUGUAAUUUUGUUUUAAAUCUGUCACAGAUUGAGUAAAUAGAUUCAUUUUCAAUGUUUUAAUGAAUUAUGACAAUCAGAUGUCAUAAAAUUUUGAAAAUCCAGUGUAUAUUAUUUUUUAUUGCAUUUACUAAUAAUUUUUGUAGCGAUUUUUAAAUUCAUAAAAAUAAGGAAAUGAGUUAUAUUGGAAAAAUCUGUUUAUUAGUUUUAAUUUUACUAAUUGAGACUAAACUGCCAUAAUUAUUGUAGAAAUAGUUUAGGUUAGUUGUGUCCGAGUCUGCAAAAAAGGCUGCCAUUGAAUUCUGUAUACAGAAAACUUCCAAAGCGGGUUUCUACUUUUUCACUUUUUAUGAUUGGGGUAGUUUAGUUAUUAGUUUAAGUUACGAGUGUUUUAAACGAAAAAUAUCAAAAUGAUUAUAGACUUUUAUAACCUAACAGAUUAUUGUUGUUUAAUUUUUGUUUGAUUUAUUGUUGUUGUAAAUUGUGUACAUAGUAAGCAAAUUAUAGUAUUCAAGGUAUGUGUACUAGAAAUAUAGUAAUUACUUAAUUUGUAUAUAUAGUGUUGUUCUGAGGUUUAUUACUAUCUUAGCGAUAGUACUGUCUCGCAGUUUUAGUAUAUAAUACUGUAUUAGUAUAUUGGAGUAGAGGUUAUUUUGAUGUUUGUUGAUUAAACAACUUUCUGUUUGACAAAAUUUAGUAAAAAUUGAUUUUUUUGUUUUGGAAAUCGUUAUGGAUUCUAGAUUUACUCAAAGACUUCAGUUUGUACUCAAUUUUCACCUAAGUAACCUAAAAAUUGGAUAAAUAAGUUAAGAGGAAUUUUUAGUUAGCAGAAAUAAUUCCUCAAUAAAGCCAUAUUAAGUCAGUUAUUACCUAACAUGUAUUAUAAUUUACUGUGAGUACAUAUGUACACACUUUUACGCACUCACCGACUGUACUGGAAUUUAAAACUCUAGAACCAGUAGAAAAGUUUCCUAAAUUAUUACAUGUUUGUAUGAAUAUUCCUCAUCAAAUUAGGUAUUUAAUUUGUAAAUGAGAUAUUAAGAUACAUUUGACAUUUUUAGUAAAUUUACAGAAUUCUGUAAUUCCUCUCAAAUGUAUAUUAUGUAGAUAACUUCCUGAAAUUUCUCUACGUAAAAGUGUGUAUAGAUUAAAUUCUUUGAAUAUGUCUUGAAUCCAUUUUUGGAAUUAAAAAAUCCAUUUGAGAGUUAGAAUACAAAUGUUGUGUUUUAGGCAAACACAAGAAAAUGUUAAAAAAUUGAUGAUUACGUGCAAUUUUAUAGAUAAUUUUUUACGUAGGUAUGUUUAAUUUUGUUCUAUUUGUCAGUCACACGACGGUGUGACCGUUAAAGUGCUAUUCUAAGUCUCACAGUAGUUAGAUUUAGUUUUACAUUUUUGCUGAACGAAGCACUCUACCUAACAUAUGAGUGAUGUGUGUGAUGGUGAGGAGGGGGAGGGGAGGGGGAGAUAACAAAACAUUAAACCCUUCUGUUGUUUUUAUAGUAAAGCUUACCUUUCUUUGUGGUCCAAUCACUAGUAGUAUGUAAUGAUUUGUUUGUUUUGGAAUACUCAUAAUUAACUAUUAGGGCAUUUACUUUAGAGGUUAUUAAUUUAGUACAUUGAAAUAGUACAGAAAAUGUUUAUACAUUCUUAUAAAUUUCAGUUUUGAGAACAAUUUAGUAUUAGACUAAAUAAAUUUACAUGUAAUUGUGCACACUAAAAUCUCACAAACGAUCUUUCAUACAUAAGCCUUGUAACAUUAGUUUAAUGUAUGGUUGGUUAUUUGAAUUUUUCAGAAAUUUUUAAAUAGUCCAACGAAUUCAGUGACAUUAGGUGAUACAAAAGAAGUUUUUUAUAUCAAUUUUUAAAUCAAGAUUAAACUUAAUAUCAUAGAUUUUUCACAAUUUUAUAUAUUUUAUUAUAACACAUCAAAUUAAACCCAAAGUUCAGGGAGUAAACUCACUUUUGUGAAAUAAAUUAUUAUUUUGUUUUAGUAUAUUCUAAAUGCGUAGUUUUAAAAACUCUUUUAGUAAUAAUUAUUUUCACCUAAUUUGUAUUAAUAAUUAAUUUUCACAGAAACAUUUCUAAAUUAUCUCGAAUUAUUCAUAUUUAUUUGUUUCUCAUUACUAAAUAGCAUCUCAAGUGUUGUAUUUUUAUUGCCUGUUAGUAUUCUCACUUCAACAUUCUAGAUGUUAUAUUCAUAUAAAAAUGAUCACUAUGACAAAAACUGCAUUUGCAAACAAACACUUAAAUAGUAGUGAAAUAGCACUAAACACUCAACACUGUGCAACACGUGUAGUCGUCAGAAGCGUUUAUGAUUUUGUUAAUAGUGAUAUAUUAAUAUUUCUAAUUAAUCAAUGAAAUAGUGUUGUUAUUUCUUUGUUAUCAUACUGUAAAAUAUUUCUUAGCUAGAAAAGGAGAACCAAAAUAAUUAAUUCACUUUAAUGAAGCACAAAAAAUAUACAUGUUUUAUAAACACAAAGCAAUGUAUUUUAACAUUAAUUAUUUUAAUUAUUCGUACUUCUAGCUUUUACAUUGUCCCCUCUUUACAGCAUAUGUGUUAGUAACAACAUACAUUACUGGUAAUCUUAGGUUUGUUCAGACAGUGUCAGCUACCGCAUUUUCGUAUAUUUUGGAAAAAUUUAGUGUUAAAAUCAUACUUUUUUCUUAAUUUUUGAAAAUGAUCGUAUACAUAGUAACAAAUUUUGGUAUGUCCCAUCAGUUGUCACAAAUACAAAAUUUAGAAGUUGGUUAUUAAUUUAUUUUGUUUUGUAGUGCAUAUAAUCAUCUAGAUUUUAGGCAUAUUUUGGAAACAUUUAGUGUAAGAAUUAUAUUUUUUGUAAAUUUUAAUAUAUUAUCACACUUCACCAGGGACAGUCCCACCACUUAAAAACAUUAGUAUUGUAAUUUUUGUAUAGUUUAUGAGUAAUGAUUUUAUACCAUAAUUAUCUUCACAUUUUUCUGAACAAAAUAAUGUAUUACACGUAUAGGUUUAUAGUAAAAAUGGGUUUUUUAUGUUUAAAGUAUGGUUACAAAAUACUGCAAAAUGGCUGCCAUCUGUGGAAAAAAAUUACUGCCAGUCUGAGGGUCGUGUGUACAUUCAUAGCCAGUUAUUUGUUCAUUAUGAUAUAAUUUUCGUGAUGGAAUCAAAAUUAAAAUUCACCUCACUUAGAUCAACACUCGCUUGUGCAUUUAACCAGAUAGGAAAGACUAGUUGUAAACACAAAGCAUAAUAAAGAGCAUUGAAAUUUCACCUGAUUUUGUAACGACUGAACCAAGGAUUGGAUGCUAUAUUUAAUCACGUAUGUAAACAAUGUACUGUUAAAACCCCCACCAGACACACACACAUCACUCACACAUUUAUUCUAGUCAUUUCGUGUCGACAAGUAGAAUAUUGUGGAAAUUAGAGGUUUAAGUUGUGUAUUAUAAGUUUUGACGCAAAUGUUAACCUCAAACAGCCUCCCAUAUGUGUUCACUCUAGUGGUACAAACAAUGUGCAAUAAAAACUAUAUUUACUGUAAGUGUAUAGAUAUUUAGGUAGAAGGUUUUGCCUUAUCGUAGUGAAAACUUGCAACGAUAUACAAAUCGCUCCGAGGGAAAGUAUUUUACAAUUUAAACUAUCACCAACUAGCCUUUCACUAAAAAUCCUCAAAUAGAUUUGUCAGUAAAAAUUGUGUUUAUUUCGUAUCCAACUUUUUAUAAUUUCUAAUAAAUAUGGACACUUCGAAACAGUUAUGUAUCACAUCUUUUAUCCAAAGUUGAAACAUGUAGAAAAUAAUUUUUUGGAUUUUCCUGCAAUAUUUCCAACUUGUGAGAGAUUUAAAUUUCACUAAUUUGAAGUUAUUUUAUUGUGGAAACUCUUUGGUAGGAAUCAUUUCUUUAUUUUUAGGAAUCAUUAACUUUAUUUAAUACGGAUACAUUUUGGACUUAAUUGGAAACCCUUAAGUUUUCCCAGUGUUUUUUUUUUAUCAAACCAAUCUGAGUCACUAUGCACUGCUUUUAAAACUUCAAAACUAUUCCCUAAAAUCACAUUAGUAUUCCAAAAGCAGUAAGUGAUUCUUUAGUGAUUUUUUUGUCGUAUGUGUACUUAUUUUAAUUACAGCAGAUACCAGUAUAUGAUAAGUUUACCAGUACAUUGAGCUGAGGAUUUACAUUAUAGUCCAGGAGCCGAGAGCUAAUUUCCAUUGUGUAAACUAACUGCAUCGUUUUUCAUCAAAUUGUUGAAGAAUUUCCAAUAAAAAAGAAAUUGAUUGUCAGCUGUGCUAGUUUUUGAGAGGGUCGAAGAGAGAUUAUCCCUUUGUUAAGUGUUCUUUUCCUCUUAGGACAAGAACCUUAGAAAUUGUUCUUAGUCCUUAAAGGACCUUUGCGCUGCUUUCGGAGUGACAGGAUAUUCAGGAUGGAUAAGGUUGAGGUUAGAGGCCGCUUCCUGUCAACAUCCAUAAGGAAGGAUUUAGGGCACUAAUCUCAAGUCAUGUCCCCUCGGAAGAAGGGAGAGCCAGCUCUGAACCAGCCUCUCCAGUCAAAGCAGGCAGGGGUGGCACACCCUU